GCCGGGAUGCGGGCUGUGCUGAUGGUCCUGACUGCGCUGCUGUUGCCGUCGUCGGCGUGCAAGCCCUCCAUGAGAUAUGGGCAUGCGUAAGGAGAAAGGGUCUUUUUACACUGGUCUCCCGCUGCUGUGACAGCGUGUUCUGGCAAGCCGCCUUCUCUGUCGCUAACAUGCAGCCCGUUUGUGCUCCGCUCCGCUUCACCCUUACUGAUUUUGUGGUGCGACAAGUCUCCGCGGCGUUUGCGAGGGACUGGUGCGUUGCGUGCAAGGGCCCUGAUCAGCCUCGCUUGUUCGAACUCAUUCAAGCGCCACAAGGGCCUGCACGCUUGGAGCAAUUGCUGAGAGACCCGUUGGGUCCGCCCAGUCCUGGCCGCUAUCCUGUGCCAGUCUUUGGGGCCCCCUUACCAGUGGCCCUUGAAGAUGAGGAUUUGCAAGUCGUGGACUGCCUCUUUGCUGUGCUUAAGGUGAACUACUCGGAUGAGCAGGUCGUGGCAUCUCUUGCCUUGCCGGCUGACCCGGAGCAUGUUCUCAGCCAAGUUCAGACCCUUCGUGGUACCCUGCAUGCUGAGAGCUUUCCCCUCCUCAUUCCUGCCAAUUAUCAGCCUAGUCCGGAGUAUGUGACUCUUCUCGCAUUGCCCUCUUGGGCGGACGAAAUGCCCGUUGUCGUCUGCGAUUGCAGUCUCUACAGUGGGCGAGUCUUCUCACUCACCGUAUCUGCUGUAAUGAGGCGAGAGGAUCUUUUGGUUGUGGCAGGAUUAGGUAGUGGGGCACGCGUGCAUGUUUUUGCCAAUGACGGCUACUGGUCCCUUGCCCCAGGUCAAACUGUCCGCCUCAGCACUGGGGACCUCUUCGCUAUCGUUCCCUUUGGCAGCCAACAUGAGACUGGUGCCAGCUUUCCGCAUAUGCUCCUUAACCCGGAGGAAUGGAAUGUGCAUGCCUUGGCGGGCCGGGAUGAGGGCCUGCAUCUCUGGGUUCUCUCUGAUCUUGAUGCCUUUCAUGUUUCGGUUGACAAUGAUGACGGGAGCAACGUGCGGAGGGAUAUUGCUGGCUGUCUCGAUUGCCCCGUGCAGUCUGUUGCCAUCUUGGCCGCCACCCCUCGCAUCGACGACCAUAGUGAACUAGGGAUUGACAGUUGCUUGGUACUGCUUGCGACUCAGCACUCGUGCCGUAGGCCGAGUGGUUUGGCCUUUCAGUUCUGUGUCAUCUUCGAUCUGCGUCCUCUGUACCGCGGCAUUGAAUGGAGCCUGCAUGGCUCCAAUUGUCUCUGCAGACAGGUUCUGCAGGAGCGCUUUCUCAUUGGCUGCCCUGAUGGCUGUCAAGUGCUUAUCUCGGGCGGGAGGUCGCGUCAGGAGGGCCAUCGGGAAUACGUUGAGAUUGUGAACGGCCAGGUUUUGGUGAUACAAUAUGUUGUCAGCCUGUCUGCCGAACACCCUGGCGAGGGGCCUGAUGAUGUCGAUGUCCCCGAUUCUGACUCUAGCGGUCACCCUGGCUUUGAUGGAGAGGUUGCCUUCAGCGGGGACGACAGCGACGUGGAUCGGAUGGCAGAUGAUGACACUGCCUCUGAGCGAAGCCGCUCUCGCGGAGCGUCGCCUGAUAGACGGGAGGAGGGCACCGGCCACGGCGGCAGAGUCCUUGGCCGCUUUGUCCAACCAGCACCCGUUCCUGCAGGGGCACUCGAACCAGAGAGUUUGCGAGACUCAGCAGCCCCUGUUUGCACUCGUUCAGACUGGGGCGGUGGCGGCAUUCCUCCGUCAGCCUCUUUUGUUCCUCGCUGGACAUACCUCUUGCUCGGUGUAGCUCAACUAAUAUGCCCUGCCGCUUCUGUACAGUUGCCGGACCUUCCCCUUGGGCGGCAACCUGCAAAUGUGGUUGGAGCAGCUGAUCCUGGUCGAGUUGAAAUGUGGACUGUCGGAUACGUGCAACAUGCCUCUCGACUGGGGCGCCCGACACCCACCCCUUUCCUCCCUGGACAUAAGUGCAGUGGGUCUAGUGAUGCCGGCGCCACAGGUUCCCGUCGACCCCUGCCUACGCCCUGUCGACAGCGUAGCAGGGGACGCGAGCUCCGGCGCUACUGUGCGCACGGUCAGCUUGUCACCCUCCUUGAAGGGAUACGUGAUGCUGACACCAGUGCUUUCUUCUUUGAGACUAUUGCGGUUGUUGAAGCCUUAACUGAGCACUUCGAGGUUGGCCGGCAUAUGGCGCCUGCUGUGGACGUAGUCAGCGAACCUGUGCGCCUGAUUCUUGAGGAUGCCUUGCCAGCUAGUGCUCAGGUGGCUGAGGGUCCAGAAUUAUUUGACCUGGAUGUUGGUCAAUGCCAGCUGCCAUGCUCUGUGAACAUGCUUGGCGCUCUGACUCGCCCUGAGUCCUUCCUCUCCUUACAUGACCCGCCGGAAGGUGCGCCUGCUCCAGAGCGCUUUAGAGAUUGGGUCUUGCAGGGCGGAGUUGGCACUGUGCCUGCCGCUGAUGACAUCCUUGUGCUUACCACGGAUGGCUCCUACUCGCCGGCUUCCGGAGCCGCUGGCUGGGCCGUUGUUGUUAGCGCAGCCUCUGCGAGUGACCUUCUGCUACCUGGGCUCUUUUUGGGCUGCUGUUAUGGUCCGCUCGAAGAGCUGGCCACGUCGAUUGGGGUGUCCUUCGGACCCGCUGACCCUUACCUAGCCGAGUUGGCUGGGUUAUUUUGGGCUGCUGUUUUGGCCCUUCGUCUGCCCAGUCUGGGAGGUAUAGUGUUCCGUGCGGACAAUAUUGCAGCGCUGCACGGCGCUGAGGGUCAGGCACAGGUUCGAGAUCACCCGCUGGGACAGGCCGUUUCCAGCAGUCCGUGCCCUCACGAGGUGGUUGUCAUGCUGGUGCCCCGCUAUCCUUGGUCAUGUCCCCUUUUCUUCGGGUAUUCCCCUGUGGAGCGAGUGAGCCGAGCAGCUCUAAGGUUGGCCUUCGCAGGUGAGGUUGUUUAUGUGCUCGCUGGUCACGCGCCCCACAGAGCGCAUGAUGCUGAUACCCGCGGCCGCUGGUGGGAUGAGACCUCCCGGGUCUGCAAUCACUGCUGUUCCCAGGGGGACUGGCUUCUGCUACUUGACGCCAACUGCCGGGUGGGCUCCGUUGAAAGCCCCUUUAUAGGAAGUCAUGAUGCGGAUGCGGAAGACGAUGCGGGUGAGCUGCUCCAUUCCUUGCUCGGGCAGCUGCAAUGCUGGCUUCCGGCCACCUUUGAGUCCAACAUGUUUGGACCAGGUGGCACGCUUCUGCAGAAGUGCACGCGUGAGCUACAGCGCUCAGAUUACGUGGCCCUCCCUGUCAGUUGGAGGCAAUGUGAGGUGGUUGCAUGGACGGAGCCAGAGGUUAGCUCCGGACACAUGGUCAUGGACCAUGUGGCCACAAUGGUGUGGACGCGCCGGGCGCUUUCUGCUGGCCCCCCCAAAAAGGGUGGGAUGCGUGUAGACCGUGAAGCUCUGCUUGAGGAAUGCAAUCAGGAGGCCGUUUGCAACAUCAUUCGAGCGGCUCCCCCAGUGUCGUGGACGACAAAUGUAAAUGACCAUGCGGCUUGCCUUGUCCGCUACCUGCAUGAUUCCCUUGCGGCCGCCUUUCCCUGGAAGGCGCGCCGUAUGCGGCAGCCCUUUCUUACAGAAGCAACGGGGCACGUCCAUCAGGCACUAGCACGCUUGCGCAAAGAUCUCCGCAAUAGGCUGCAGGGGCUGCGUCUCGCCAGAAUGCGUUGCGCCUUCCUGGCCUGGAGGUCAUGUGAGUGUAGUUUCGGGUCCCUAUUCCGGGGCCCUUGGCUCCGGCACCUUCGAGCUGCUAUUGGUUUUCUGGUGGAGAGGAUUGGCUUCUUGGGGAGGGAUCUCAAGAAACGAUGUCGAGAUGACAAACGACAGUACGUCAGCUCGUUGGCCGAAUCAGUGGAUCGUGCCGGCCCGGCGCACAUACACGAAGCCGUUAAACGCCUGGUCAGGCCCAAGAAGUUUCGCCGCUCCGGCCCGGCCCCUCUGCCCCAGAUCCGACAGAAGACCGGGGAGCUUUGUGAUUCCCACGAUGCCAUCACC